GCUGUUGUUUCUUCACCCGUGGUUCCAACCUUUUUGUUCUCGAAUCUCCCAAAUCUUCUUCUUCUUCUUUCCAAAUUCAAUUCCCACCAAUCUGCUCGAUCUUCUUCUCUUAUCUUCUUUCAUCUUAAGAUUUCAUUUUCAUAAUUAGGGUUUUCUCUACGCAGCUACCAAUUCAUUUUCCUUAAAAAAAUUCUCAAAACUUCAUUCCAAGGAAGGUGCCGAAUUUUCGAUCCGUUUGUAUCAAAGCUCGAGUUAGAAUUACUAGGUCGUUGUUGAAGUGAUGGUGUGGAUGAUUCAUUUAGGAGAAUUUGGUCUUCGAAAGAUCAAUGAAUUCUGAAUCGGUAUUGAGAAAAUAAUAUGUUGUAUUUGAAGCAACCUAGAGUUCAACAUAUGGAUUUGUAUUUUUGGAUUGUUAGAGUUUUGCAUUGUGAUGAUGAUUCUGAAUUUUGGUGAUUUGGUUCACUUUGCAUGCCGUUUUGGUAGUUUCCCUUGAGCCUGAGGCUCGAGGGGGAUCUGAAUUAUUGCAAAGGAAAAAGUUAUGGCUUCGUCAGAGAAUGAAAUUUCUCACUCUCCUUCUUCUUCUUCUUCAUCUUCUUCUUCUGUCUCUGACGAAAUAUCUCCUCCUUCCAAUCUCUGUAUGCAGAAGUUUAGGCUUUAUGAGACUCGAUCGAACUUUUACAUGAUAGGAAGGGACAAGAGCAGGACAUACUGGAGGGUACUAAAGAUUGACCGUCUAGAUCCUUCUGAGCUAAAUGUGCGUGAAGAUUCCACCACAUAUACAGAAAGUGAAUGUUCUGAUCUUUUGAGGCGGAUACAUGAGGGAAACAAGUCCACUGGUGGACUGAAAUUUGUUACAACUUGUUAUGGAAUUGUUGGGUUCAUCAAAUUUUUGGGACCUUACUACAUGCUACUUAUCACGAAAAGAAGGCAAAUUGGUGCAAUCUGUGGUCAUGCAGUAUAUGCUAUUUCAAAGACAGAGAUGAUUCCAUUGCCGAAUUCUUCUGUUCGGUCUGACAUCAUGAAUUCUAAAAAUGAAAACAGGUACAAGAAGCUUCUGUGCACCGUUGACCUUACGAAGGACUUCUUUUUCAGCUACUCAUACCACAUUAUGCGUAGUCUUCAAAGGAACAUGUGCGACAACGAGACAGGCCAUGUCCUUUAUGAGACCAUGUUUGUCUGGAAUGAGUUCCUAACUCGAGGAAUUAGGAAUCACCUCCAGAAUACUAUUUGGACAGUUGCACUAGUUUAUGGCUUUUUUAAACAGGACACACUUGUGAUAUCUGGACGGGAGUUCAUACUUACGCUCAUUGCAAGAAGAUCACGCCAUUAUGCUGGCACCAGGUAUUUGAGGCGAGGUGUUAAUGAGAAGGGCAGAGUAGCAAAUGAUGUUGAGACAGAACAGAUAGUCUUUGAGGAUGCUCCAGAAGGUCUUCCCAUCCAAAUUAGCUCUGUCAUCCAGAAUCGUGGCUCAAUACCUCUUUUCUGGUCACAGGAAACUUCACGUCUAAAUAUUAAACCAGAUAUCAUAUUGUCAAAGAAGGACCAGAAUUAUCAAGCCACUAGACUCCACUUUGAAAAUCUUGUCAAAAGAUACGGAAAUCCCAUUAUAAUUUUGAAUUUAAUAAAGACCCAUGAGAAGAGGCCUCGUGAGUCCAUUCUUCGUCAAGAGUUUGCUAAUGCCAUAGAUUUCAUCAAUAAAGAUUUGUCUGAGGAGAACAGGCUUAGGUUCCUUCACUGGGACUUACACAAACAUUUUCAGAGCAAAGCUACAAAUGUGUUGUUGCUCCUAGGCAAAGUGGCUGCAUAUGCAUUGGCGUUAACGGGUUUUUUCUAUUGCCAAGCGUCAUCAACCUUGACACCUGAAGACUGUCUAAAAUGGCCACCUACAGAUGAUGCUGUCAAGGGAAGCUGUUCACCUACUAGACACACUGAUUAUGAUAAUGAGGAUGCUAAUGAUUUAGAGAGGAAAUCAAGUGAUGAAAUCAAUGUUUCCGACGAAAAUAAUUCUGCCAAACCACCUAGGUUGCAGAUGGGGGUGCUCAGGACCAACUGCAUAGACUGCUUGGAUCGCACAAAUGUUGCACAAUAUGCAUAUGGAUUGGCUGCUCUUGGCAACCAGCUUCACUCUCUGGGAAUUAUUGACCACCCUAAAAUUGACCUCGAUGACCCUGUAGCUAAUGAUUUGAUGCGGUUUUAUGAGAGGAUGGGCGACACACUUGCGCAUCAAUACGGUGGUUCUGCUGCCCACAACAAGAUAUUCUCCGCGAGGAGGGGCCAAUGGAGAGCUGCAACACAGUCUCAGGAGUUUUUUAGAACUCUUCAACGCUAUUACAGCAAUGCUUGGAUGGAUGCUGAGAAACAAGAUGCAAUCAAUGUAUUCCUGGGACAUUUUCAGCCACAAGAGGGUAAACCUGCUCUAUGGGAGACGAGUUCAGAUCAGCACUAUGAUACAGGGAGACUUGGUGAUGAUGAUGCAAGGUCAUUUUUCAAAAGAUCUUUCUCAGAUGGAAACAUUCUUCGUGACAGUUCUACGCCUAUGUCAGCUCCAAAUGUCAAGGACGAAAAAUUCUCAAAACCAGGUUUCCCAGACCGAACAGGAGAAGGGAGCAAGGCCUUUUGUGAGUCAUCACCUGAAAUAUCUACUACUGAGACUGAAAGCGACAUUUCAUUUUCAAGAUACACUCCCUCAAUGCCUCGGAGACAGCUUUUUGUAGACAUGCAGAGAGAGCGCUGUGCUGAAAGUCAUCAUAUUUACUAUUCUGAGCACGGAGAUUCUUUCAGCUGCUCCAAUUUUGUGGACCUGGAUUGGCUAUCUUCUUCAGGAAACUCAUGUGAAGAAGAACCAUACGAGAGGUCAUCAAUUUCCAACUCCCCAGUUGCUGGCCUUUCUUCAGAAAAUGUUGUCAAUGGAGUGAUAGUUGGAGAAACAAGUGCCUCCACUAGUGAUUGGGCCAGCUCCAGCCUAAAGGGAAGGGAGCAAACUGAAUCAGAGUUAUCCUACAGUGGCGCACAGUCCAACAAUCCAGAGGAAUUUCCUGAUACUUUUGUUCAAUGGGUGUCUUAUGGACAGACACUUUGCCAUUGAACUUUUGCAUGUAAUCCUUUGCACUGAUAUAAUAUGAUUGACAUUUUUUUCAAUUGACCUGGCCUUGGCUUGGUUUAAAGAUGCUGAUUAGAAAGACUAGAGAGAGCUAAUGAUAAGGAAGCGCGGAAACAUGAAUUUGGGUAGACUUCUCCAUAUGAUGGUAGCUUAAGAAGAAUGUUCAACCGAUCUCUUGGUAAUGUUGACCUGCAGUAUUGAUUCUGUCGUGAAAUCUCAAUGAAAUCCUGAAAGCAUAGUGUGAAAUAGUAUAUAGUAUAUGGCUGUAAAAUUCUAGUUACCUUUCUCCCUUUUGUUGUUGUUGUUUCGGAGUUUACUGUUUUUAUUCUUCUUCUUUGGCCAAUUAAAGAUUAUACAAUAGGCGCACUUUUUUUUGUAUAUAUUGUUACUUAAUUGUGGGAGCUGUACUUUCAGUAUUGUAGAUAAGUUGAUUCUUUAAUAUGACUUA